GCGCGCCUAGGUUUUUGUAAGAGUAAAUCUGUGUGGGAUUAGGUCGGGCGCUGGUGGAGACUGCCGUGCCACACUGGUCGCGGUUAGCGGAUUCCUUGUCUCCGGCCUUUGUUUUCUCGGGUUUCAUGCGGUUUCGUUGCUAUUUGAUUCCAUGCCUGCUACAAAGAAGAAUCUUGAGCAUAUUCACGUUGGAGGUGUAUUCAACAAUUUGAUGAAGCAGAUUGGAAAUCCUGUUGAUUUUGAACUUCCAGAUUGGUUUAACAAAUGGAAGCCGACGCCCUACACUUUUAUAAAGCGCAAUAUAUAUCUCACAAAGAGGAUUAAAAGACGCCUCGAGGAUGAUGGUAUAUUCUGUUCCUGCAGUGUUUCACCUGGAUCUUCUAGUGUGUGUGGUAGAGAUUGCCAUUGUGGGAUGCUUCUCUCUAGUUGCUCCACUGGAUGUAAAUGUGGGAGUUCAUGCCUUAACAAACCAUUCCAGAACCGACCUGUGAAGAAGAUGAAACUGGUGAAGACUGAGAAAUGUGGUUCUGGAAUAGUGGCAGAUGAAGAUAUCAAACAAGGAGAGUUUGUGAUAGAAUAUGUUGGAGAAGUUAUUGAUGACAAGACGUGUGAGGAAAGGCUUUGGAAUAUGAAACACCGUGGAGAGACAAACUUUUACUUGUGUGAAAUUAAUCGAGAUAUGGUAAUUGAUGCGACAUACAAGGGAAACAAGUCAAGAUAUAUAAACCAUAGUUGUUGUCCAAAUACCGAGAUGCAAAAAUGGAUAAUUGAUGGGGAAACAAGAAUUGGCAUAUUUGCAACCCGCAACAUAAAAAAGGGCGAACAUCUGACCUAUGAUUAUCAGUUUGUUCAGUUUGGUGCAGAUCAAGAUUGCCAUUGUGGUGCUGCUGGCUGCAGGAGAAAGUUAGGGGUCAGACCUACCAAGCCUAAGAUGUCUUCAGAUGCCGCAUUGAAACUAGUAGCAUACCAGGUUUAUCGGAAUGGAGGAUUACAUGUAGGGAGUUCGCAUAUUCGUAACCAGCAAAGAACAAGCUCCCGUAAUUGCAUUGGUGAAGUUAUUAGGAUAACUCGCCCCAUGAACGAGAGGUCCUUUGGGAUUAUUAAACGUUUUGAUAAAUUUUCCAAAAGACACUCGAUUAUGUUUGAAGAUGGAGCUGUUGAAUUUCUUGACAUGACAAAAGAAGAUUGGGAUUUUGUGAGAUCGUGAUUUAAUUGUGGGGAUAGAAGGAAGAAUUUACAGGGGAAUGGCUUGCGAACUUUCAGUGGGGGUAACGGUGAGCUUUGCUUGUGGUUUAUGUUUUGAUCGAGGGUGAUAAUGGAAGUAACUUAAGUGGGUUCUCUCCAUUGUGGUAGGUUUAACAUACGCAAUGGAAAAAUAAUGAAGUAUAUGUAUCAGGGAUGAGGAGGCUCAUAGUGUUGAAUUUAAGAUGUUUUGUGUGUUAAAAGUUGCCAUUGGUCUGGACAGGGAACUGCCCCAGGGGGAGGGGGGAACUCUCUCUCUCUCUCUCUAUUUUGUUUAUUAUUGUCUAAGAUGCAUGAUGGUUUAUUAAGCCUCGGUAUCACUUGUUGCCCUACCUGUUGCUUUUGUUUUUAUUUUAUAUUCAGAGAGCUCGUCAAUCUGGAUGUUUGUUCUUUCAAAUGUAGUUGUAGUUGUUUGGUAUAGAAUGGAUGACUUGUGUAUCUUUUAU